CGAUCGACCUGACCAGACGAACACUUUAAGAAGAGUAGACAGAUAGCUGGCCAAGAUUCCUCCCAUCGACCACGCACACAUUCUCUCCUACCCUACCGUUGGACGUUGGUUCCUUCACCAAGCUUAAGGCAGAGAGACAAAUAUUCUGUACUAGCUUGCUCUUGUAGUACUUUACUAUACGUGCUAGCUAGAGCAAUCAUCACAUGGCGGAGGCACUGUGCGAUCAGCUCUUCUCCGACAUCGACGGCGACCUGAUGCGGCAGCACACUUCCGAUACCGACGACCUCUUGGGCAUCCUCGAGUCGUGGGAGGAUUGCGUCAGUGGCGGCGUUGCGACUACUCCCUGCGGCGCUGAGGUCCCGCAGACGACUGCAGCUGACGGUGCCGCAAAACGCCGGCGGCAAGGGUGCCGGGACGUCGACGCGGUGCCGGCAGCUCCAAAGAGGCAAAAGUGCUCGCCGGUGUCCUCGGCCGCGAGUGAAGAUGGUGCGGUAAAUAAGACCUCGCACAUCACAGUGGAGCGCAACCGGAGGAAGCAAAUGAACGAGCACAUCGCCGUGCUUCGCUCGCUCAUGCCCUGUUUCUACGUCAAGCGAGGAGACCAGGCAUCCAUCAUUGGAGGGGUGGUGGACUACAUCAAGGAGCUGCAGCAGGUGCUGCAGUCGCUGGAGGCCAAGAAGCAGCGCAAGGCCUACACCGAGCAGGUGCUCAGCCCACGGCCACCGGCGUGCUGCAGCCCGCGCCCUCCGCUCAGCCCACGCCCGCACAUGCUGCCACUCAAGUCCACGCCGCCUAUUAGCCCGCGGCCCGCCGUGCCGAUCAGCCCGAGGACGCCGCCGGCACCCAGCAGCCCGUACAAACCCUGCAGGCUACCGCCACCGGGCUCGUCGGCCUACGCGUCCCCGGCGAUGACGACAACCCGGGAGCCAACGGCAGCCACCUACCUGCCGUCACUGGACACCAUUGCUGCCGACCUCUGCGCCUACGCCGCCAACAAAAACAAGCAGCUGCAGGCGCUGGCAGCAGCGGCCGGUGGUGACGUCGUCCUCCCGGACGUGAAGGUGGAGUUCUCAGGCGCCAACCUGGUGGUGAAGACGGUGUCGCACCGCGCGCCUGGGCAGACUGUCAAGGUCAUCGCCGCGCUGGAGGGGCGGUCACUCGAGAUCCUCGACGCCAAGAUCAACACCAUCAACGACACUGCAGUGAACUCCUACACUAUCAAGAUUGGAAUAAAGUGCGAGCUCAGCGCUGAAGAGCUGGUGCAAGAGAUUCAGGAAGCGUUCUCGUCGUAAUGCAUGUUCGUGUGUCCAAUUCGUCGGCAGGAUUCAUGUGUCGCUCACUUGGAAGCUGCAGUUAAUCAGGUGUGGUAGCCUAAGAGGUCUGUGAAUAGACAACCGGGAUCAUGCAUGUAGGUCAAAGACAUUUACUGAAAUAGUUAGCAAGCAAAUAAAGUAGCUUGCCAGACCAGUAGACCGAUGAUCAUGUUACUGCAGGCCAAAUUCGUUACUAUCUACUGUUCGCAGCCGACGAUAUGUAGUAUGCGCAUCUCAUUAAUUAUCUCAAGAUGCAGAGGCCACAAGUUUUUAUAUAUCUUAAGACGUGCUGUCUGUCGUCUGUUUGUCACACUGUAUGUUUGGAUUAAAUCUUGCAUUGCCACUUAUUACGCCAAUAAUGUCAUG